AUGAGGUACGACGAAACGCAAGACCCGUUGGAACAUCUCACGGCCUUUGAGGCUAGAAUGAACCUUGAGGGAGUGGGAGACGAGGUAAGGUGCCGCGCCUUUCCGGUCACUCUGGCGGGGCCUGCAAUAUGGAUUGCAAAGGCGAAGCACCCAAUCAACCUGCUCGGGGUGACCCAGCGACCCGACGAGUCGACCAGGAAAUACCUAGACAGAUUCAACGAUGAGUGCCUGGAAAUCGACGGGCUGACGGACUCAGUCACGAGUUUGUGCCUGACGAACGGACUCCUGAACGAGGACUUCAGAAAGCACCUUACCACGAAACCAGUGUGGAGUAUGCAGGAAAUCCAAUGUGUGGCCAAGGAGUACAUCAACGACGAAGAAGUGAGCCGAGUCGUGGCUACCAACAAACGGCAGCCCUCUCACAACCAAGACCGGCACCGCGGAAGCGGAGAAGGACAAAAGGAACACGCCAGAGACGGCGGCCCGAGCAAGGCUCCCAGACCAUUCCCUCGUGUCGGGAAGUUCACCAACUACACUCUCCUUACCACGCCGAUCAUGGAAGUUUAUCAACAAAUUGCCGAAAAGGGGAUCUUGUCGAAGCCUCGACCACUGAAGGAACGAACAGGGGGAAACUGA